UUGUAAUUCUCAUUCACAGGUCAAAGCCAAGCUCACACCUGCUGGAACUACUCUUUUGACAACAGAGAACAACUGCUACUAUAUAUACCUUCUUCUUCGAUUUUCUCCUUUCAUCUUCUAUAUUCUUCAGUGAAGCAGAGACAUAGCUAGAGAUAUGGAGGGACGAGAGAACAGCCAUCAUCCUCUGUUGAGAGGUGUCAGGAGAAGUAGCAAGUUCAGCCAUGGCUACACCUCAGCUCAAAUCCAAUCACUUGCUGCUAUGUGUGAAGCUCUCAUACCUCCUCUCUCACUGAACACAGAUGACCAAGCCCUCCACUCCUUCUACAAAGCUUCUGGUUCUGAGCCUCCUAUACCAGAUGAGGUAGCGGAAUUGAUAAGGAAGAGGGCUGCACCAGAAGCUGUAGGGGUGCUGUCCUUCUUCCUGAAGGUCUUAUCCUACAGAUUGGGGACUCUACUGGUUUGCGGAUAUCACUGCCUUGAUAAGAAGCGGCCUUUCAUCCACAACUUUGCUGAAAUGCCUUUGGAGAAGAGAGAAGAAGCUCUGCAGAGAUGGUCAAGGGAAAAGCGUCUGAUACCUCUGAGACUCUUGUUUGUGGUGGUCAAGAUCUUCUGCUUCUUCUGCUUCUUCUCCAGGAUUGUUGAAGCUUCACAGAACCCGUCAUGGAAAGCGAUAGGGUACAACGUAAACAAGAGAGAAAAGGUGAUCAAAACUCCCAAAGAGAGACCUCUUGAGAAGGGAAUCAUAGAAACCAUGACUAAAACUGACUCAACUCUCGUUGAAUCUCUCAUCAAGAAAGGCAUUGAAGUCGCGGAAGGAGCAGCUCAUCCUAAGGUUCACAAGAUCAAAUGUGAUAUUGUAAUUGUUGGUUCUGGUUGCGGUGGAGGAGUUGCAGCUGCAGUUCUAGCACAGUCGGGCCAAAAAGUAGUUGUCAUUGAGAAGGGGAACUACUUUGUGCCCCAAGACUAUUCUCUUCUAGAGGGUCCUUCCAUGAAUGAGCUAUAUGAAUCUGGUGGAAUCAUGGCAUCAAAAGAUGGGAAGAUGAUGAUAUUGGCUGGCUCAACAGUUGGGGGAGGCUCUGCUGUCAAUUGGUCUGCAUGUAUCAAAACCCCGAAUUCUGUUCUCGAAGAGUGGUCCGUGGAUCAUAAGAUUCCACUAUUCGGUAGUCCUGAUUAUCAAUCUGCAAUGGAUGCUGUGUGUAAGAGGAUUGGUGUUAUAGAUAGUUGUACUGAGGAAAACAUGCAGAAUCAGAUUUUGAGAAAAGGGUGUCAGAGACUUGGUUUGAAAGUUGAUUCAGUCCCAAGAAACUCCUCAGCAGAUCACUACUGUGGUUCUUGCAAUUUCGGGUGUCCAACUGGAGAUAAACAAGGGACUGAUUCGACUUGGCUAGUUGAUGCUGUGAAAUGUGGUGCUGUGAUUUUAACAAGUUGCAAAGCUGAGAGGUUCAUAAUGGAGAAUGACUAUCAAGGAAAUACAAGCAGGAAGAGAUGCCUUGGAGUGCAAGCGAUAUCUUUGUGCGAGAACAUAACAAAGAAGCUCCAAAUUGAGGCCAAGGUGACAAUUUCAGCAUGUGGUUCUCUCUUGACACCUCCUCUGAUGAUCUCCAGUGGACUCAAGAACCCAAACAUUGGCAGAAACCUCCAUCUUCACCCUGUUCUGCUAGCUUGGGGGUACUUCCCCGAAAAUUCAUCAGAAUUUAAUGGCAAAGCUUUUGAGGGUGGAAUCAUCACUUCAGUCCAUAAGGUUGUCUCUGAGGACAACAGAAAUGUGAGGGCCAUUGUGGAAGCUCCGGCAAUAGGACCUGCGUCAUUUGCGACUUUAGCUCCAUGGGUUUCGGGACUUGACAUGAAGGACAGAAUGGCCAAGUAUGCAAGAACAGCUCACCUAUUUGCAUUGGUAAGGGAUCAGGGUUCAGGAGAGGUCAGGGAGGAGAGCAGGAUAGAGUACAGAUUGGACGUAUCGGACAAAGAAAACAUACAAGCCGGUCUUAGGCAGGCUCUGAGAAUCCUGAUUGCUGCAGGGGCUGUUGAAGUGGGUACAUACAGAAAUGAUGGGCAGAGAAUUGUAUGCGAGGGGACUAAUAAGGAGGAUCUGGAAGAGUUCUUGGACAGUGUAGUUGCGGUAGGAGGGCCAAGCACGAGAGGCGAGUACUGGACAAUGUAUUCUACUGCACAUCAGAUGGGGAGUUGUCGAAUGGGAGCUACUGAGAAAGAAGGUGGGGUUGAUGAGAAAGGUGAGAGCUGGGAGGCAAAAGGGUUGUUCGUGUGUGAUGGAAGUGUGCUUCCAACUGCCAUUGGUGUCAAUCCCAUGAUAACUAUUGAAGCCACAGCUUAUUGCCUUUCCAAGAAGAUUGCAGAUUCAUUGAAGAAAGAAAAGGCUAGGCUUGGUUAGUAUCUCAACAUACGUAACAUAAGAAAAUCUGUAGUCAUGUAGUAGCGGUAGUAGGAAGUAAAAUUAUUGAUUCGCGGUUAAUAGAAAAUUAGCAAUGUAUAAGGGGCAUCUCUUCAUAAUCCCCUACCAAAUGACCAUACGCAAUAAUACUCAGAAAUGUAAGAUGAGACAACUACGGAACAGAUAUGGCAUCCCAGAAUGUAAAGCCUUUUUUUUUUAA